UCAAAGAGGAGGCAGAAAGGUUGAAGUCGCAGCGAAUCAUGGAGGUCAGAAAGGAGCUGAGCUGGGAGAAGGAGCGCAGCCACAUCGCACUCAGCAAACUACAGGAUUGGUUCGGAGACCCUCUGGAGGUCAGUGUCAUCGACGUAGUUGCCAUCCGCAGCGACCACAGAGUCUCCACCUAUCGUUUGCCGAAGCUCACCGAGUCCUCUCAGCUCAGACAUCAGGACACGCCCAGCUGCUCUGACCGAGACGAACACGUCACAUCGGAAAGCAAGAAAUCCAGAGCUGAGCCUGAAAAAGUCAUCAGUGAAAUAGAAGAGGAGGAGGUGCUGCGCCCCCAGGUGGUUCGUUCAGCAGCGAUCAAACUGGGUGAUCGGCAAGAAGAGAGGCUGAGAAAAGCUGCAGUGAAGGCUGAACAAGCUCGAGCCAAAAAAGCAAAGAGGAUGCAGGAAUGGGCUCAACUUUACGCAGAGAAACCAGGCGAGAACUAUGAGGAUCCGCAGGAUGUGCAGAACAUCAGCGAAGCCCGAGAGAACAUCGGAGACUUAAAACUAAAGACCGACAAAGACUUCAAGGUGCCGAGACACCUGAUGAUGACCAGUGGGAGGAAGAGAGCGGAACUGAAAGACCUGGAGGAAAUGACCCGUGACAAGCAGGCUGAGCUGAAUGGACGAAUCGUGGCGUUGCGGGACACCAAGGUUCACCUGGUGUCUCAGUUGAACGCUCAGGCUAAGCAGCUCCGAAAGGUCCAGCAGCGUCUGCCGGCCCGUCUCCACCGCCCUCCACCCGUCCUGCCGACCCUGCUGCCAGAGGAAACCCCAGAGAAGAGGCUGCAGCCCAACAGAGCUACCCUGGAGCGAUACCGUGUUCUGAGGGAACAGAGCAGGUUUAAGGGCACACAGGAGGACGAGGAGGAGGGAACUACACAAGAGGAGGGGGAGGAGGAGGAAGUGGAGCUGACUGAGCUGGAGGAGGAGCUCCGCCAGGAGGAGGAAUUCACACUUGUGUAUGAGCAGGACUCUCUGCUGGAACAGAUGGAAACAUCAGUGAUUCAGUUUGAUGCAGAGCUGCUGCAGCUGCGUCACCAGAAGCAAAAUCUGGACAGGGAGCUGGCGUUGGCGGACCUCCGUCAGAUGACACUUUACCAGGAGCUGCUGCUCCUCCAGGAGUUAGAGAGGAAGGAGGGCAGCCUGCAGGAGAAGUUUGACGCAUGUUUAAGGGAGGAGAACAGCAUCGUGUCAAAACUGGAGGAGCGUAAGGAGCAACUGCAACUGAAGCAGAGGGACAUCGUCAAGCUGCAGGAGAGAGAGAAGGCUCUGCUCACCGCCCUCCUGGACUCGCUGGGCGAAGACAACAAGUUUGAAAAGUUUCUCAUCAAAGUCUUUGAGAAGAAAAUCAAACGUGUGAAGAAGAAGGAGCAGAGCGGAAACAACGAAGAAGAAGUGGAAAGUGAUGAAGAGUCUGAUGAGGAAGACGACUGGGAUGACGAUGAUAAUGAUUACGACAGCGAUUCAGAGGGAGGGAGUCUGGAUGACAGCGUUUGUCCUCCAGGCUGUGAUCCGCAGUUGUUUGAAUACACACUGCAGCUGCGUGAGCGUCGGCUGAACCUGGAGGAAAUGCUGGUGGAGGAGAAGAAGUGUGUUGAAGCUCUGAAGGACGAGUGUGACGCCCUCAUCAAGAAGGAGAAAAUGGUGAAGAGCAGUUUUAGAGCGGUUGAUGACGACUUGGAGUUGGUCAACAGAGAGAAACAGCAGAAAAUGAACGAGCUGGAUGUGGUGGUUCCUCUCAGACUGCACCAGAUUAAGUUUGUCGUCGACGGCUCUGUGCCAUUGGAUCUGACCGAGGCUUUGGUGGUGGACAGGGCGGAGCUGACCAGGCUGAAGGAGCGCAUCAAGCAGCUGCAGGUGGAGAAGACUCAGCAGAGAGAGCUGAAGGUUAAGGCGCGGCAGCAUCACACCAGGCUGCGCCACGAGUGCAAGGACAUGAAGGCUCGGGUCCAAGAGCUGGAGAAGGAGUGCGACAAGCUGAUGAUGAUGAAGUUUGGGCGGCUGGUGGAUCUGGAGGCUCUGCAGAUACUGUCGGGGAACAGGAAGCUGGAGGUGCUGAAGCAGGAGAAGCUCAGUCAAGAAGCUGCAUUCAACAAAGAAAUCAAACAGUGGGAUGCGAAAGUCCGCAAGGCCUAUGAGGCUCUGAUGGAAGUCACCAGACAGAACACGGAACUUCUCCUCAGAAAGUCAAAGCUCCUCGAGGAGACGAUGGAAAUUGAGCUUAAAAUCGAAGCCAGGCAGAAAAAAAUUGCUGUCAGACAGCACCAGGAGGACAAGAGACGUGAGAACCUGAAGGACAUAGUUCGGCUCAAGUCGCUGGUGAAGAAGCAGUCGUCUCAGAUCAACGCCAUCAAGAGUGAGAUCGAGGCCCUGUCCCAUAAAGGAGGCCCAGUGGUGCCCUUCAUCCAAACAACCCAGCUGCUCACACCAACCCCAACCCGCCCCAGCGACCCCACACACCCUCCCGAACCAGGACCAUCGCGUCCGUCCGAACAUCAAAAUUCACGCGGUAGAAAGGGAACUUGUUAAUGCGCAACACAAACGUAUUCACAGGUAUUGUAAGACUCUUUCUGGUCCUGAUGACCACUCAAAGCACUUUAUUCAUACAUAUAGUGCAUCUGUUAGCAGCACUUCUUGCUGUUCUAUGGGGUCAUUCAGGGUUCAUCUUGCUGAACUUCUGACCUUCUGGUUGGGGGACGACCACUCUACCCCUCAGCCACAGCCACCCCCACUCUGUUGUUAUAUUAAACCAGGAGGUUGGUUCAUCGCCUGCUGUUCUUUGAAGAAAAUUAAAAAUGAAUGUGAUGUAAAAAUAUUGAAUAAAAACAGGGUU